CUUUUUUCCUAUGAAUCGAAUUGUUCCAUUAUUACUAACAGAAUAGAACAAAUAUUAAUCCUUUCUCCGAAAUAAUUACCUAAAAAGGGGGGGUCCGUAACAUAGUUUUUUCCAAUGCAAUAAAGUUACAUAGUGUCUAUUUUUCAUUGAUAAAGGGGUAUUUCCAUGGGUUUGCCUUGGUAUCGUGUUCAUACUGUUGUAUUGAAUGAUCCCGGUCGUUUGCUUUCGGUUCAUAUAAUGCAUACUGCUCUGGUUGCUGGUUGGGCCGGUUCCAUGGCUCUAUAUGAAUUAGCUGUUUUUGAUCCCUCCGACCCUGUUCUUGAUCCAAUGUGGAGACAAGGUAUGUUCGUUAUACCUUUCAUGACUCGUUUAGGAAUAACCAAUUCAUGGGGCGGUUGGAAUAUUACAGGAGGGACUAUAACGAAUCCGGGUCUUUGGAGUUACGAAGGGGUAGCCGCAGCACAUAUCGUGUUUUCUGGCUUGUGCUUCUUGGCAGCUAUUUGGCAUUGGGUAUAUUGGGAUCUAGAAAUUUUUUGUGAUGAACGUACAGGAAAACCUUCUUUGGAUUUGCCCAAGAUUUUUGGAAUUCAUUUAUUUCUUUCAGGAGUGGCUUGCUUUGGUUUUGGCGCAUUUCAUGUAACAGGAUUAUAUGGUCCUGGAAUAUGGGUAUCCGACCCUUAUGGACUAACCGGAAAGGUCCAACCCGUAAAUCCGGCGUGGGGCGUGGAGGGUUUUGACCCUUUUGUUCCGGGAGGAAUAGCCUCUCAUCAUAUUGCAGCAGGGACGUUGGGUAUAUUAGCGGGCUUAUUCCAUCUUAGUGUUCGUCCGCCUCAACGUCUAUACAAAGGAUUACGUAUGGGAAAUAUUGAAACCGUCCUUUCCAGUAGUAUUGCUGCUGUCUUUUUUGCAGCUUUUAUUGUUGCUGGAACUAUGUGGUAUGGUUCUGCAACUACUCCCAUCGAAUUAUUUGGUCCUACUCGUUAUCAAUGGGAUCAGGGAUACUUUCAACAAGAAAUAUAUCGAAGAGUUAGUGCCGGACUAGCUGAAAAUCAAAGUGUAUCAGAAGCUUGGUCUAAAAUUCCUGAAAAAUUAGCUUUUUAUGAUUAUAUUGGUAAUAAUCCAGCAAAAGGGGGAUUAUUCCGAGCGGGUUCAAUGGACAAUGGGGAUGGAAUAGCUGUUGGAUGGUUAGGACACCCCGUCUUUAGAAAUAAAGAAGGGCGUGAACUUUUUGUACGCCGUAUGCCUACUUUUUUUGAAACAUUUCCGGUUGUUUUGGUAGACGGAGACGGAAUUGUUAGAGCCGACGUCCCGUUUAGAAGGGCAGAAUCUAAAUAUAGUGUCGAACAAGUAGGUGUAACUGUUGAGUUUUAUGGUGGUGAACUCAAUGGAGUAAGUUAUAGUGAUCCCGCAACUGUGAAAAAAUAUGCUAGACGGGCUCAAUUGGGUGAGAUUUUUGAAUUAGAUCGUGCUACUUUGAAAUCCGAUGGUGUUUUUCGUAGCAGUCCAAGAGGUUGGUUUACUUUUGGGCAUGCUUCGUUUGCUCUACUUUUCUUCUUUGGACACAUUUGGCAUGGUUCUAGAACCCUCUUCAGAGAUGUUUUUGCUGGUAUUGAUCCAGAUUUGGAUGCUCAGGUGGAAUUUGGGGCAUUCCAAAAACUUGGAGAUCCAACUACAAAAAGACAAGCAGUCUGAUGCAACAUUGCUUUUUUCUUUUAGUUUCUGUUUGCGAUUUUUUUGAUUUCAUUUUAUUUAAUAGGUAGGGUACUGUAGGAAUCUUGAUUUAAAUCGCUGCCGUUUCUUUGACUCUUUUUUGUUCUUUAUCCGGAGGUAUACUCCUUCAGUAAACAUAAACAAAACAGGUAUGAAAGCUAUAAUUGUAAACCACGAUCAAAUUUAUGGAAGCAUUGGUUUAUACAUUUCUCUUAGUAUCGACUUUAGGGAUCAUUUUUUUCGCUAUUUUUUUUCGGGAACCGCCUACAAUUUCAACUAAAAAAUGAAAUAAUUUUUCAUUCUCUUCAUUGACGUAAUCAGCCUCCAACUAUUUGGAGGCUGAUUACGUCAACUAGUCCCCGUGUUCCUCGAAUGGAUCUCUUAGUUGUUGAGAGGGUUGCCCAAAGGCA